AUUCAUCCUACCUUUUCUCUUCUAUUAGCCCCACAAGCCCUUGGCACAAUGAAGUGGGUGACUUUUAUUUCCCUUCUCUUUCUCUUCAGCUCUGCUUAUUCCAGGGGUGUGUUUCGUCGUGAUACACACAAGAGUGAGAUUGCUCAUCGGUUUAGUGAUUUGGGAGAAGAAAAUUUCAAAGGCCUGGUGCUGGUUGCCUUUUCUCAGUAUCUCCAGCAGAGCCCAUUUGAUGACCAUGUAAAAUUAGUGAAUGAAGUAACUGAAUUUGCAAAAACGUGUGUUGCUGAUGAGUCAGCUGAAAAUUGUGGCAAGUCACUUCACACUCUCUUUGGAGAUAAAUUGUGCGCAGUUGCAUCCCUUCGUGAAACCUAUGGUGAAAUGGCUGACUGCUGUGCAAAAGAAGAGCCUGAGAGAAAUGAAUGCUUCCUGAAACACAAAGAUGAUAACCCAGACCUCCCUAAGCUGAAACCAGACCCCGACGCUUUGUGUGCCGAGUUUAAGGAAAAUGAACAGAAGUUUUGGGGAAAGUACCUAUAUGAAAUCGCCAGAAGACAUCCUUACUUUUAUGCCCCAGAACUCCUUUACUAUGCUCAUCAAUAUAAGGGAGUUUUUGUAGAAUGCUGCGAAGCUGCUGAUAAAGCUGCCUGCCUGAUACCAAAGGUUGAGAGUAUGAGAGAACACGUACUGACUUCAUCUGCCAAACAGAGAUUCAGGUGUACCAGUAUCCAAAAAUUUGGAGAAAGAGCUCUAAAAGCAUGGUUAGUAGCUCGCCUGAGCCAGAAAUAUGCCAAGGCUGAGUUUGCAGAGAUUUCCAAGAUAGUGACAGAUCUUACAAAAGUCCACAAGGAAUGCUGCCACGGUGACCUGCUUGAAUGUGCAGAUGACAGGGCGGAUCUUGCCAAGUACAUGUGUGACAAUCAAGAUUCAAUCUCCUCUAAACUGAAGAAAUGCUGUGAUAAGCCUGUGUUGGAAAGAUCCCACUGCAUUCAUGAGGUGGAAAAUGAUGAGGUGCCUGCAGACCUGCCUGCUAUAACUGUUGAUUUUGCUGAAGAUAAGGAAGUUUGCAAACACUAUUCAGAAGCAAAAGAUGUCUUCCUGGGCACGUUUUUGUAUGAAUAUGCGAGAAGGCAUCCUGAGUACUCUGUCUCAUUGCUAUUGAGAGUUGCCAAAUUUUAUGAAAGCACACUGGAGGACUGCUGUGCCAAAGAAGAUCCUCACGCGUGCUAUGCCACAGUGUUCGAGAAAAUUCAACCUCUUGCGGAUGAGCCUCAGAAUUUAAUCAAACAAAACUGUGAACUUUUUGAAAAAUUUGGAGAGUAUGGGUUCCAAAAUGCGCUCUUAGUUCGUUAUACCAGGAAACUACCCCAAGUGUCAACUCCAACUCUCGUGGAGGUCUCAAGAAACCUAGGAAGAGUGGGCACUAGGUGCUGUAAGCAGCCUGAAACAGAGAGAAUGUCCUGUACUGAAGACUAUCUGGCCUUGAUACUGAACCGGUUGUGCGUGUUGCACGAGAAGACACCAGUGAGCCCAAGAAUUACCAAAUGCUGCACGGAGUCCUUGGUGAACAGACGGCCAUGCUUUUCUGCUCUGACAGUCGAUGAAACAUAUGAAGCCAAACCCUUUGAUGAAAAAACAUUCACCUUCCAUGCAGAUUUAUGUUCACUUCCCGAGAAUGAGAAACAAAUCAAGAAGCAAACUGCACUUGUUGAGCUGGUGAAACACAAGCCCAAGGCAACAGAUGAACAACUGAAAGCUCUUUUUGAGAGUUUUAAAGCUUUUGUAGAGAAGUGCUGCGCAGCUGAAGAAAAAGAUGCCUGCUUUCUUUUGGAGGGUCCAAAGUUUGUUGCUUCAGCUCGAGAAACAUUAGUCUAAAAAAAACACGACCACAGGCAUCUCAGCCUACCCUGAGAGUAAGAGAAAAAAAAGAGAAAUGAAAACUCAGAGCUUUUUCAUCUGUUUUUCUUUUCUGUUGGUGUUAACCAAUACCCUGUCUUAAGAACACAAAUUUCUUUAAAUAUUUUGCCUCUUUUCUCUGUGUUACAAUUAAUAAAAAAUGAAAAGAAUCCA